GUGCGGGCAGGAGCUCCUGCUCUCUCCCUCGGUUAUCUUGAUAAAUGAGUUGUUGUUGAAGGAAGAAAAAUAAGCACCCGGGCUGGGAUGAAUGUGGGGGUUUUACUCCCCCCGCCGCCCCCCUCGCCGUCCUCGGAUCCCCUUGAGCACCCCGCUCCUUCCCGGGGAGGCCCCAGCCAGGAGAGCUGGGAGUCGGGGCCUCGGCACCCGCGGGAGCCUGGCCGAGGCGGGGAGCGGCGGCGGGGGCCAGAUCGGCGGAGGGCAGAAGGGGCUGGCCCCGGGGGUCCCCGCGGUGGGAGCUGAAGUGGACGGCGGCGGGGAGCGGAGCGGCCCCGGCCCCAUUCCGGGUAUAUUUUUCCACGAUUCGUUUAAUUUGAAUCUGUGGCGUCUUCGGUUGGCUCGGAGCUGGGUUUUCACCUUUUUAAUUUUCAUUUUGGAUGGAUAUUUCGGGAAUGAUAGUUUUAAUUAUUUUUUAACGCUUUAGCCUCUCCGGUCGAAGCGAUUGCGCUGGUGGGUCGGUGGCAGGCGCGGGGGCUGCGGCGGGCGCUGGGGCCGUAACGCGGCAGCGCCCCGGAGCUGCGCCUGGCCUUCCCCGGCCCCGCCGCUGUGCUUACCUCAGCCAGGGGGACCACGGUGCUCUCAGUAAAAGUUUCUUUCCCCUCCUUUCUCCCUCUUUCUUCCCAGGAUUUUCUCCCCCUGUCGAAAGCCCAGCAGAGGCACCAACUGCACCGCCUGCUUGCACCCGCCCCGGGAAGAUGGGAAGCAAGGCACUGCCAGCCCCCAUCCCUCUGCACCCGUCCCUGCAACUCACCAACUACUCCUUCCUCCAGGCUGUGAACACCUUCCCCGCAGCUGUGGACCAGUUGCAAGGUCUGUAUGGACUCAGCGCCGUGCAAACCAUGCACAUGAACCACUGGACAUUGGGCUACCCCAAUGUGCACGAAAUCACCCGCUCCACCAUCACAGAAAUGGCAGCUGCCCAGGGCUUGGUGGACUCCCGCUUCCCUUUUCCUGCGCUCCCCUUUGCCACACACCUCUUCCACCCCAAGCAAGGGGCCAUCGCUCACGUCCUCCCGGCCUUGCACAAGGACAGGCCCCGCUUUGACUUUGCCAACCUGGCCGUGGCCGCCACGCAGGAGGACCCCCCCAAGGUGGGCGAGCUCGCCAAGCUGAGCCCCGGACUGGCCUCGCCCUUGUCGGGCAUCAGCAAGCUGUCCCCGGACAGGAAGCCCUCCCGCGGCCGCCUGCCCUCCAAGACGAAAAAGGAGUUCAUCUGCAAGUUCUGCGGCAGGCACUUCACCAAGUCCUACAACCUCCUCAUCCACGAGCGGACUCACACGGACGAGCGGCCCUACACCUGCGACAUCUGCCACAAGGCUUUCCGGAGGCAGGACCACCUGCGGGACCACCGGUACAUCCAUUCCAAAGAGAAACCCUUCAAGUGCCAGGAGUGCGGGAAGGGCUUCUGCCAGUCCAGGACCCUGGCGGUCCACAAAACCCUACACAUGCAGACAUCAAGCCCUACAACUGUGAGCAGUGCGGCAAAGUGUUCAGGCGAAACUGUGAUCUACGGCGGCACAGUCUAACUCACACCCCGCGGCAGGACUUCUAGAGCAGCCAGGGACGUGCGCCGGCAGCUCCACCUGCCCGUUGUACUCAAGGACUGUGUUGUAGGAACUCCCAGGCACACACACUCACACACACGGAGGCACACAGGCAGACUCGGGGCCAAGCUUUCCUACCACACGUCUGCGAAACUCGUUUAGAGAGUGCGGACUGCAGGAUCGGGCCCCUCUCCAACCCACACCCAGGCGUAACGCUUCGUCGUCUUGUAGAUACUCGCGGCUCAUUUUAGAGCUCUGUACAGAACGUGGUUUUAAUUCGUUUGUUUUAUAUCAUCGUGUCAGAUGCACAUCGGUAACAAAUCGGGGAGGCAAAGUAUCUCUUAAAAGUGUAUUUCAAAAUAAAUCCUUUUUCUUUUUCCAAAUA